UUAAGGCCUGAUGUCUACAUUAACUUAGAAUAUCUAGUAUUAUUCUAGUAUGUACUGUUGUACACUGCAGUAGGGAAGACUAGUUACUCUCGCUCCUCGGAAUCUCCCUUGCAUAUGGUAACCCGGUCGUUGACGGGCUACGAAGGCAAGCUUGCCUAUGCAUACCAGACCGGUCUUUGUGCUUUAUCGGCUUUCAGAUGGAUCCUUUGAGCAUCACGACAGCUGUGCUUCGGAUCACAACGACCUGCAUUGUAGCUGCCAAAGAGCUCAACGAAAUUCGUAACGCGUGGAAACGCGCGCCUGUUACUGUAUCCUCGCUCUGUUCGCAGCUUAAACUCACGGGUGCCUCGCUCUCGCAGAUCCAGUCGCUACUCCUGAGUGACACAGAUGUCCUCCAGGAGAAGCCGGCACUGAUCGAGACGUUGGACACGACUCUGACAAGCUGUCUGGUGCUUUCAACAUGGCUUGAGAAGUACAUGCUGAAGAUCACAAAAGGUGUCCUUGAUACCUCCAGACUAGAUUGGAAAGCAAAGUUUAAGACGCUUUGGAAUGAUGAUGAAGUCAAAGAGCUUCAGGAGCAGCUGCAUCAACAGCAUGCUGCCAUUAGCACACUGGUUGGGCUACUACAAAUGGAUUCAUUGACCGAGAUGAAGAAACUUAUCCAAAAGCAUGGCAAAAUGCUUCAAAGAAUCGCGAAUGACACUCAACGUAUGCGAGAAGCUCAUUCGAUAGAAGCGGCGGAAUCCAUACUGGGUACCGAUGACUCGAGCAGUAUCUUCAGCAAGCUGCCGAUUCGUGAUGACAUCAGUGACCAUCAUUCCGGAAGUCUUUUCGAAUCCGAGGUUCUGAAAUCGAAUGUGUAUUCGAAGGCACUGAACAACACUAUGAAACAGACAGCAGAUAUCGAACCUGACGACGCGAACACUGUCGCUGACGAUGGCAUGACUAUGUACAACGAUGAUUCAGAUUGUACUAUAGACUCGCCAAUUACUGAGGAAGAUUCGGCUUCUGCUCUAAUGGCUGGAACUCCUACAUUUGCUCCUUUCAGUGCUUCGUUCACAAGCGCGAUCAACUAUCUCCGUGUUGGAACAAUCGGAGCUUUGAGCUUGGAAAACUACACUGCUCAAAGCCCUAAGGAGCUGAGUCUCAAAUGCUAUAACGAUAUCGUCGCAUUACGAAAGUUGGAUGAGUGGCGGUACUUGGGUAAGAUCUAUGAAAAUGACAUCCAGAGAACUGGCAUAGUUGAUCGUAGAAGACUCUGCGUGGAGUACCGCUUAAACGUCCCCUUACAGAUAAAAGCCAGCAGGAAUUCCGGAAGCGAUACUUAUCGGGAACGCGGCCUUCAUUAUCUCAAAGGGGAUGCACUUGAGAUCAAGGCAAGCGCCAGAAACCUCCAUGAUUGCAACAAUUCUGACAAUGACAGUCCAUUGAUCAUAGUGUAGAUUGGUUGGCGUCACCAAGCUCGUUACGAUUACAGAACUUUGGGCCGGCCAAGGGUGGAAUGAUCAUGGUCGAUGCCGUCGAACUAGAUGAUGUUGCAGGCAAGCAUGUGGAUGCUAUUUUAAACUUCUCGGCUUGUUCUGAUAUCCGUGUUGUUGGGUUGUCAUCGAUACAACGGGAAAAACGCAUAAAGGAGAUCAUGCGGGAAGAAUAUCCUGAAACUCCCUGGAGCGUUCUAGCAGAU